UGGGGGAGUGAGCAGAGACUGGACCGGAGUCCCUCGGAAGCUGUUCCACCCAGGGUCCAAGGGCAGCCGCUGCGUGUGUGUGAGGACAACUGGCCCCCCGUGGGGGCAGCCGGACUCCACCGAGCACCGCGACAGAGGCGACCUGGAUAACCCUCACCUGCAGGAAUACAGCGGCUGCCCUCCGCUGGCCGAGCAGUGCGUCCUGAACGAGUGA